AUGGCCCAGGACAGUUCAGAAGUUGGCCCCGACAAGGCCCAUUGCAGUCCGGGUGGUGCUGAAGUAGACAAGCUAGAGAUUGUCCCGGACACACGGUUCUACGACGUUGAGCCCAAAGAGGAGAGCAAAGUCGUGUGGAAACUCGACGGUGUUAUCAUGCCACUGAUGGCAUUGGUAUAUCAGGCUUUCCUAACAAUAGCGGUAGACCUUGACAAACAGACUAUCAACCAGGCUGCCAUAUUCGGUCUUCGGAGUGAUCUCAACCUAACAGGUGGACAGUUCUCCUGGGCUGUUUCGCUGUUCUAUAUCGGACAGUUAUGCUCAGAGUAUCCGGCUGCGGUUCUGCUCUCUAGGCUGCCCAUUACCCUCUACGUCGGGGUUACCAUUGUGAUCUGGGGUGGGGUGAACAUGUGCUUGGCCGCCGUCCAGGACUUCCGGGGCCUGGCAGCAGCCCGAUUCUUCCUAGGUUUCUCUGAAGGCAUGAACCCCGGCUACCUUUCUUUCGUUGAAGAUCUAAUCUGGCGACCAGGAACCGUUUCCCCGGCCUUUAUUAUUAUCACCAGUAUAUGGUACAAACGCCAGGAACACCCCAUUCGGGUCGCCACAUGGGUAUCAAUGAACGGUAUAUCCCAAAUCAUAGGCCCUCUCAUGAUGUAUGGUAUCGCACGAGGUAAUUUGUCUCUCGCUCCCUGGCGCAGUCUGUUUUUGAUUUGUGGUGGUCUCACCUCCGCUACUGGCCUGCUGUUCAUCUUAUUGAUGCCCAGAGACACUACAACCGCUUGGUUCCUGAAUCACCGUGAACGAGAAGUCGCAACUCAGCGUUUGGCGAUUGACCGCGCGACCCGGGAUCGCGCGGAAUUCAAUAGAUCCCAGGUCAAAGAGGCGCUUCUCUCCCCCAUGACAUGGAUUUAUUGUCUGAUCAGCUUGUGUAUCACCCUGACGACCCCAAUAAUGAAGUUCAGCUCUACCGUCAUACAUGGAUUCGGUUACUCUACAUACACGACCAUGCUCAUCGGGACGCCAGCUGGAGUAUUCAACUUUAUCACGGUGUGGACCAGCGCCCUUGUUCCGCGCUUGCUUCCGGGAACUCGGAUAUAUACAGCUAUCGGACUUUGCUUUGUGCCUCUUUUAGGAGCAAUAUUGCUCAUGACUCUCCCGGCUGAAGGAGCCGAUUGGGGCAUUGUGGUCGCGACGUGGCUCGGUGGGUGCAGCUCUUCCUUGCUAAGCAGUGCAGCCAGUAUUAUUGCCAGCAACGUGAAGGGAAACACCAAGAAGAGUAUUGUUUCAGCCGCAUUUUUUAUUGCGUACUGCCUUGGUUGCAUUGUCAGUCCUCAGGCCUGGACGGAGGAUGACGCUCCUCGCUAUAAAAAGGGGUGUAUCUUGAGUAUUGCGGCAAUGGUUGGCUUGAUUUUCACAUUUGCUCUCUACGCAUCCAUGGUCAAGUCCAAGAACAAGAGGCGUGACUACAAGGCGAACGAGGGGCAAUUUGUCUAUAUGGUUGAUAGGGAGGGAGGUGCCUAUGGCCACCCGGGGGUUUCAGUGGAUUCCGAUCGUACCGAUUUGGAGGACAAGGCUUUCAGAUAUACCAUGUGA